AUUUCAAAAUUGAACAAUUUAUUUAUUAGAAAAAGAAAAGUACUAUGUUCCAUUACCGAACUAUUCUUCAACGUUAAAAAAGUCUUUGGCGGUUUGGUUCUUCAGCAAACUAUGCUUUCUCUUUUAGCUUUUGGUGUUCUUCCAUAUCUGACCAAAAACUAAAAGAGAAUACCAUUUUUAUUGCUGUUUUUAGGGUUUUAUUUGUUGGGUUUUCAACAAAUUUUGUAUGUUGUAAUAUAUCUUCUUUUAUUUUUUCUUCUUUUAUCCACUUUUCAUCAAGAUUGCUUCUGUUUUUUUUUACCUGUCUUUGAAUUAUGAUCAAUUAAUGUUUCUUGAUCAUCUGUUGUUAAAAAGAUUAGGGAAAUAAGUAAAGAUUGGAUUUUUAUGGAGAAGAUCUAAAGAUUUGCUUGAGGGAAUCAAUGAAUUGUAGCACAUGAAGUAAAAAAAAUACAAUCUUGAUGAAUUGGGUUUGUUAGAUUUUCUUGUAUCAAGUGAAUGGAUAUUGUAUUUGCAUAAUAUUGGGAUGAGAACGAUCUUGAUGAAUUGGGUUUGCUAGAUAUUCUUGUAUUAAGUGAAUGGAUAUUAUAUUUGCUUAAUAUUGGGAUGAGAACAAUCUUGAUGAAUUGGGUUUGCUAGAUUUUCUUUUAUUAAGUGAAUGGAUAUUGUAUUCGUAUAAUAUUGUGAUGAGAUGAUUUAAGUGAAGUAACGCGGUCAGUGAGGAUUCAUAUAGCCGACCCCAACUUAUUAAGGACGGAGGAAUAGUUGUUAUUUAUGAUGUGGCAACUAAACUGAAAAGUGGAAGCUUGUUAGAUUUUCUUGUAUUAGGUGAAUGAAUAUCGUAUUUGUAUAAUAUUUGGAGAGGUGAUUUAAGUGAAGUAACACGGUCGGUGAGGAUUCAUGUAGCUGACCCUGACUUGUUUGGUACUGAAGCGUAGUUGUUGUCGUUGUAAGAGAAUGAGUACUAUGGGGAGGAUAGGUAGCUACAUAGGUAGAGGCGUACGUAGUGUUUCUGGGAACUUAAAUCCAUUUGGCGGUGCUGUGGAUAUCAUUGUUGUGAGGCAGCCAGAUGGGAGUUUGAAAUCAUCUCCUUGGUAUGUUCGAUUUGGGAAGAUUCAAGGGGUUUUUAAGGCUAGAGAAAAUAUGGUUAAUGUAAGUGUUAAUGGCGUUGAAGCUGGUUUCCGUAUGAAUUUAGAUAGUAGAGGGCAAGCAUACUUCCUAACGGAGCGGAAUAUGGAAGAUGGAUAUUCUUUAAUUACUCGAACAUCUGAACAGCUUGCAACUUUGAAUCUGAAGGAGGGAAAGAAUGUAGUUGUAUUCACGUGCUCGAAACAGCAGGUUGAUGCACGUAUAUAUUUGUGGAGAUGGGAUACAAAUAUUGUAAUCUCUGAUAUUGAUGGAACAAUUACUAGGUCUGAUGUGCUAGGACAGUUCAUGCCUCUGGUGGGCAAGGAUUGGUCACAGACAGGUGUUGCACAUCUCUUAUCGGCUAUCAAGGAGAAUGGUUAUCAAUUGCUUUUCUUAAGUGCACGUGCUAUUUCACAGGCCUAUCUGACUAGACAAUUCCUGUUUAAUCUUAUGCAGGAUGGAAAGGGAUUACCUGAAGGACCAGUUUUCACUUCUCCUGAUGGGCUUUUUUUUUCUCUAUAUAGAGAAGUGGUUAAAAGAGCUCCCCAGGAAUUCAAAAUUGCUUGCUUAGAGGAAAUCAAGGCGUUGUUCCCUUCUGAUAGGAAUCCCUUUUAUGCUGGUUUUGGAAACCGGGACACUGACGAGCUCUGCUACCUCAAGGCUGAAAUACCUCGAGGAAAAAUCUUCACCAUCGAUUCAAAGGGUCAAAUUGUUCUAAAUCGUCAUAUAGAUACAAAAUCAUACGCCGGUCUACAUGGUCGUGUCAAUGACAUGUUUCCACCCAUAUCCUCGGUGAGAAGGUUACAAGGCUGACUAUCUGGGAAUAGCUUCUUGGUCUGCGCAUCGCGUGCUAAGAGGAAACACCUCAUAUUACAGCGCGUUACAAUACAGACUUCUGUUGUAUUCAUCUUCCCGUUCAGUUUAUUUGCAUGAGAAAUUGUAAAUACGUAUUCUAACUACACACUUUCGCUCAAGCAUACACAGCCUCACCGUAACUGUAUAUUGCACGUGGAAUUUACUAGUAUGCAUCAAUAGUUGCUUGCAUUUGAUCUGGUGUUCAUAUAUAUAUAAACAAUUUUCAGAAAUUACAAGUUCAUUCUUCGUUGAUCGAA